UGUUGCUGUUUUGAUAUUUACUCAGAUAGCUCCAAUCCAGUCUCCUAGUGAUUCAUCAUCAGGAAAACCCAUCACAACAUCACCCAAAGUCGAGAAACUAGGUCUAAAGUCGCACAAAAUUCCAAAAUGUUCAACAAUCUGUUCGGAAAGAAGCCCACCGUGAAGGAGCAGCAGCGGGAGAACGACCGAUCCCUGCGCAAGGCCACCAGGGACAUCGAACGGGAGCGGAGGAAAAUGGAGGAGGAGGAGCGCAAGCUGGAGCUGGAGAUCCGACGAAAUGCCGCCGCGGGCAAUAACGAUGCCUGCCGCAUCCUGGCCAAGCAGCUGGUGGAGAUCAGGAAGCAAAAGUCCCGAACCUACGCAGCCUCCGGGAAGAUUCAGUCCAUUGGCUACCAGAACAAGAACAUGGGCGCCAAUAUCGCCCUUAGCGAGGCCAUGGGCACCACGGCCAAGACGAUGGGCGAAAUGAACAAGGUGAUGCGACCGGAGGCCAUUGGGGAGACAGUUCGCCAAUUCCAGGCGGCCAACAUGAAGAUGGAGAUGACCGAUGAGAUGAUAAACGACACACUGGACGACAUGCUGAACGAGUCCGGCGACGAGGAGGAGUCCAAUGCUGUGGUCAACAAGGUGCUCGACGAGAUCGGCAUCGAGAUCUCCGGCAAGAUGUCCAGCAUCCCGGCCACGGGAACCUCAGACUUCGAGACGAGCGGCAAGCGCACCGAAAAGGACAUUGCCGAUCAGCUGGCCAAGCUGCGCUCCUCGUAGUCCUUUUCCGUCAUUAUUCAUUCUAUUUUGUAAUUACUGUGAACACCGCUGUUAUCCAUAGCCCGUAAGGAAAUAUAUAUUUAUGUACACCGCUUA